AUGGAGCUACAACCAUCCAUCGCCAUAAUCGGAGCAGGGCCAGGCGGAUUAGUAUUCGCACGGCUUUUGGAAUUGGGUGGGAUCACCGACUAUGUCAUCUACGAGCGCGACGAGUCAGCUACACCAGGCCCCUGGCAGCAAGGAGGAACUCUUGAUCUGCACGGGCCUUCCGGGCAGCUGGCCCUUAAGCGUGCCGGUUUAUUUGACAAGUUCAGCAAGGAUCUCGCCCGCUGGGAAGCAUCCGGUUUGCAUAUUGUCGACUCGAGAGGUGCAACAGUCGUCCAGAUGGACGAGGGUAGUAAUAGACCUGAGAUUGAUCGUGUACAAUUGCGUCAGCUUCUGUUGGACUCGGUUCCUGCGCAUAAGAUUCGCUGGGGUCAUGCUGUUAGUGCCGUUGAGAGGAACGCAGAUAGUUGCAUGGCAUCCGGUGAUAACGGCUCUAUUAUUCAUUUCGUGAACGGCAGUUCGGUGACUGGGUUUCGGCUUAUUGUUGGUGCUGAUGGUGCUUGGAGCAAAGUUCGUCCUUUACUCACUUCGGCCAAGCCGGUGUAUUCGGGAAAGAUGUUCAUCGAAGGAAGCCUGUCGCAUAACAAUCCAAUUUACAAGAUGGCCACCGAGAUGGUGGGCCUGGGGAACAUGGCAGUGCUAGGCAACGGAAUCAAAAUGGCGGUACAGCAGGUCUCCAAUGGCACAUAUCGCGUGUACUUUGGGUUACCUGUCCCUGAAGACUUCUACCACCACCGUCAACCUAGUUCAAUGGCCGCUACCGACCCCAUCAGCAAAGCUGAGGCUGUGCGACAACUCCUCUUAUCAUCCAACGAUUUCUACGCCACAUGGGCACCGGAGCUCAAAUGUCUAGUCGAGACUACAGAGGGCCCCUUCCGUGCUUGGCCGUUAUACCGCAUGGAACCUGAGUCAGUCGGCCGGGCCCGGGAUGCGGCUCCAGGCGUGACACUGCUGGGAGAUGCGGCGCACCUUCCAACACCUUUCGCUGGCGAAGGGGUCAACUGUAGCAUGUACGAUGCAGUUAUGCUCGCCGACCAUAUUAUCGAGCAAUGUGGCAAAGAUAUGAACCUUGUCAACAUGGAAGGCCCUGCAUUGGAAACGGUCCUGACCGCGUACGAAGAAGACAUGUUUCUGCGCGGUCGGGACGUAAUUCGACGUGGUACGAAGAGCGAGACCAUGCUUUUCGCUCAGGAUGCUGCUGCAUUGUUUCUCAAAUUCUUUGAAUAA